UUAUUAUUUUUUUUUUCUGCUUAGCUGUUUUUUUUGUUCUUCUUCAAAGUUCAAACUCCAGAGUGACCGAGUCGUUUGGAUCUGUUCCUAACGACCUGUUGGCCAUUCGUAAAGAUCUGCAACUGAAGUGAGAUUAUGGCGAGGAGACCGGACGAAGACUAUGAUUACCUCUUCAAGGUCGUAUUAAUCGGAGAUUCUGGCGUUGGCAAAUCCAAUCUCCUCUCCAGAUUCACCAGGAAUGAGUUCUGCUUGGAGUCCAAAUCCACAAUUGGCGUCGAAUUCGCCACCCGAACCGUCCAGGUUGAGGGGAAGACAAUAAAAGCACAGAUAUGGGACACAGCAGGGCAAGAGCGAUACAGAGCAAUAACCAGUGCCUACUACAGGGGUGCCCUUGGAGCUCUUCUGGUAUAUGAUGUGACCAAACCAACGACAUUUGAAAAUGUUAGUCGAUGGUUGAAGGAGCUGCGGGACCAUGCUGACUCAAAUAUUGUAAUCAUGCUUAUUGGUAAUAAGACUGAUCUGGAGCAUCUCCGAGCAGUGGCCACUGAGGAUGCUCAAAGCUUUGCUGAGAAAGAAGGCCUCUCAUUUAUUGAGACUUCUGCGCUUGAAGCUACAAAUGUUGAGAAGGCUUUCCACAACAUCCUCGCAGAAAUAUACCGGAUAGUUAGUAAGAAGCAUCUCUCUUCAGGGGAGCCUGCACCCACAAACGUAAAAGAAGGGAAAACAAUUUCUGUUUCAGGAUCAGAGACGACCAACAUGAAGUCAUGCUGCUCUUCAUCUUAGAUGUGAUUUCGAUUUUGCUUCUUGGGGGAGUGGUAUUAUUCUGGAAAAGUCUAGUUUCAGACUCUGUUCUCUAUUGCAUGGAUUGUUCUUCUAGGAGUGUUUGCAUGAGAUAUUUUACAAUUGUUUUUUGUGUUUUAAUGUAUUCUUAUUCAUGAUUUCAGAAACAGGUGGAGAGAAUUCAGAAUUUAGUAAAUGAGCAAAAAAGAUUAGUUUUGUAAACUUAAUGGUGAAUUGACAAUCAAGAUUAGUGUCAACAUAUUCUUUUAAA